CUUCCAUUCACUUUUUGAAAUGUCACUUGCUCUAAAUACAGACGAUGCUCUUCGACUGAUCAUCCAAUUCUUACGUGAAAAUAACUUGCAACAAACUCUAUCAGCCUUACAAAAUGAAUCACCUCUUGUUUUCAAUACUGUGGAAAAUAAAGAAGCAUUUACUCAAGAUAUCUUACAAGGAAGAUGGGUUAGUGUUCUCAAACAAGUUAAUACAUUGAAACUACCUAUAGAAAAGCUAUACAAUGUCUUUGAAUUGGCUCUAGUGGAAUUGGUUGAACAAGGUGAAAAGGAUGCUGCUACUAUGGUACUAAAUAGUCCCGUACUACAAUCACUACGACGACAAGAUACCGAUCGAUAUGGUAAACUAGAUCACCUCAUUGAUAGAUUACCACAAGUGGAUUUUAGUGAUAUCUAUGACUCGAAUAGUACCAAAGAACAACGACGCAAAAAGGUGGCAGAAGAUAUAUGCAAAGAAAUUACUGAUGUCCCACCAUCACGCUUAUUGACGUUAUUGAGUCAAAGUCUUCUAUGGCAACAACAAAAUAAUGGUGUCCAAUUGGAAACUGGAUAUGAUCUUUUCAAAGGAAUGAUGCCUAUUCAAACUACAGAGGAUGCUUGUGUAUCAACACCUUAUGUCAGUAUCAAGUUUCCUGGAAAGAAGACGUAUGCUGAAUGCGCUGCUUUCGCUCCUCAUGGUCAGUUCUUAGCGACGGGUACUGUGGAUGGUUUUAUUGAACUUUGGAAUUAUAAUACAGGCAAACUACGAAAGGAUUUCAAAUACCAAGCUGAGGAUAACUUGAUGGCCAUGAAUCACGCGGUGACUUGUUUGAAUUUUAGUAUGGAUGGUGAAUUUUUAGCAACUGGAUCUAUGGAUGGAACUAUUGCUGUAUGGAAAGUUGCUAGUGGUGUAUGUGUACGACGUAUAUCUUCAGCUCAUAGUCAAGGCGUCAGCUCAUUAUGCUUCAACAAAGAUGGAACACAAAUUCUCAGUGGAAGUUAUGAUCAUUCUAUUCGGAUUCAUGGGUUGAAAUCUGGAAAGACAUUAAAAGAAUUCCGUGGGCAUACGUCAUUUAUCAACAGUUUACUAUUUUCUCCUGACAAUACACGAGUACUCAGCGCUAGUAGUGAUGGAACUGUUAAGAUCUGGGACUCAAAGGCAACAACAUGUUUGUAUUCUAUCAUACCUCAACCUCAAAUCGACAGCAAUAGCAAAAGCAAUACGAUCAAGACAGCGGCUGCAGUAUUGAAUCCAAUUGGUGGACUCGGUAGUCAAAGUGUACAGCAAAUCUUACCUUUACCGAAACAUACAGAUCAAUAUUUGGUAUGCAACAAAAGUGAUAUUCUCUACAUCAUCAAUAUCCGUGGUCAAAUUUUGAAAACAUUCACCUAUGAGUCUGAAAAGGGAGUGGGUGGAACCAAUGCUUCCUUCAUUACAGCGGCUACUUCACCUCAAGGGGAAUACAUUUAUGGUGUGGAUGAAAACUCUGUACUUUAUUGUUUCCAGACCAAUAAUGGUACUUUAGUCAAACAAACAAAACUGACAACAACUGAAAUUACUGGUAUGGCUGGUCAUCCUUUAUCAAAUGUGUUGGUGGUUUACGACGAUGCUGGUUAUGUAUACUUCCUUCGACCUUAGAUUUUGGUUGUUAUUCAUGUUGUCUCAAAAAAAAAAAAAAAAUUAGUAUAUAUAUUGUCUAUUUUUUUUAUACCAUUCUUCAUCCUAGUUUAUAUAUAGUUAUAUUCUG